AUCAUGAUGUGUUUCUUCUGUGAUAGCUUACAGGUUAAUUUACUUCUCUAUGACUGUUUUCUUAUUUCAAAGUAAGUAAUGGCAUCAUCUGUGGAGUGGAUGGUGAGAACAAAAGCUUUGCCUAACUUGAAUAAUCGAUCCCUCCUGAGCAUGUGCUUAACAUUCUAAGCACACGGAAAUUUCCUGAGGGGAUUAAAAAACAAAAUCCAAACAUAAAACAGGAACGACAACGAUGUAAAAACAUUCUGCACUCUGGGUAUGAAGGCAUGUUGCAACUUUAAUCAGCUUUGUAGGUAUUUCUAAUAAACACACAAAGAAACAAAAAUCCUAUCACAGUCCUAGCAGUUGCAUCCAACAAAGAGAGAGCUGUGAGGAAGUGUGUGCUGCUUCUUUCCCCAGAUACCCCUGGGCCUCAGGCCUGCACCCAGUGAAUUGGACCAAGAGCAGCCAGGUUGAAAUUCCUGCUGCCAUGGCAGGAUUCUGCAGGAACAUUUCCCUUUGACAACAAGGAACCUGUGUGGAGGAGACCUCUUGGUGAGUCCUCAAGGACUCUACAUGUCCUAUUCUACAGGGAGAAGCCCUGCCAGGUCUUUGGCAAGGCCAGCCAUUUGUAUGGGGAAGUCUCUGGUCCUGUGGCAGAGAACGAGGAAUGGCAGAAAGAAUGGCAGCGCCACUGAGAUCAAAGGAUAACCCUUCUAGGCCUAUGACCUCCUAAUUAAUUUAUCUUUCACCCGAUGCCCUAUUCACAUUUUCUUAAUCUCAUACAACUGUGAUCUUGAUGAGAACUGGGCUCUUGUUUUCUUAAUCAGUUCUUUGUUGUAACAGACCUUUUUAACUUACUCCAGCCCCUGAGACUUAUUCAUACCUUCUGUAUGCAGUAGGACCCUUGGUGGGACUGUCAUCUCGAAAAUAGAAGGUUCGGUAAUCCAAAAGAUUGGACUCCAGUUUACCUCAGGCCAGGAAAGAAGUCAGCCACCAUUAGUAAAAGAGCAAGGGAAAAAUAACAUAGGAAAAACAAGUGGCUUAAUCAGUAGAAAAGAUCCUCAACUUCUAAGGCCCGCACAUCUGCACCCCUCUCUUCUGAGCUUUGUAUAGUGAUGUUGUAUAACUCCAGAUGGUAGUAAAAGGGAGAGUUCUUCCCAGAAAGGUCAGACAUGAUUUUCACUCUUACAUCUCUGAGGUGGGCUGGCAUUAUAGCACACAUUCAUGUUGAAUUAUUAUAACACCUAUGAUAAGAAGACAGAAUCCGUAUAUCACAAUGCCAAAUAGACUCCCUCCUGAACGUAUGGACCCAUUAAAAUUGAGGUUCAACCUGAACUCAGACCAUUCCACUCCCUUCCCGUCCUCCUCAUUCUUAUGUUUGCUACAAGUAAAAGCUCAUGUUGUAGUCCCCAAUAUUCUCAUGCCUAGACUUGUCUAUUCACGGAGAAGGAUAUUGGAGAAGUGAUGGUUAUAUAGUUACAAUGUAGUAACACAAGGUCCAGGUUGACAUUUGCUCACUGAUGUCCAAUUUAAUUGUCUUGUUAUAUUUGAGAAAGGGAGGAUGUCCUCCAUAAUAUAUAAAACAGACAGAAAUUUAUUGUUUUAUAUAUGCUCUGUAGUUGAUCCCUAUGUUCCCAAGGAAAAGGAGUUUUUAUUGCAAAAAAAUAGGAUUAUAGACCAUUGAUUUUGUGAAAUACAUGGAUAUGUAAAUGGAAACAAGGUCGGCUUUCAAGGACUGCACAGUAAGCAAAUAUUUCCAGGUUUUAUACACUCAGAGGUAUAGAAGAAAUAUAUUGGCCUCCAGAAAAAGGGAAAAAGCUUAGAAAUCGAAAUACAUGUCACAUGCAUUGUCUCGAGUAGUAGAUUUACUUUUAAGAAAAAUCUCCCUCCUCCUUGGUCCCUAGAGAUUUGGGUGCUAAGAAAAAUCUGUUCUCCAAUUCAGGGUUGUAAGAAACCCUCCGCAGCAAAAGCAUUGUUGACUUCUAAUGAAGCAGAGAGACAUAUCUAGCUUUGAAAUAGAGGUUGCCAAAUGGUAUUCCCAGUGACACAUGGGAGACUGGAGGAAAGGGUCCCCACAGAAAUUCAUCAGUGUGGGGAGAGCUGGUUAGUAGGUAGGCCAUAGAAUUUUCCAGUGACAUCACCAGUAAGCCGUUCACUGGACACUCUAUUGUAUCUAAGAGAUCCCUAGAAUCUUCUGUGAUGUCACCAGUGUUGUGGUGACACCAACUGCCUUUGGGAUAUUACUUCAGUUCCCUUUGGGUUCACAAGCAGGCAUGUUUCGCCAGCUGCUCAGGCUAUUUCGGAAGGAAAGUGUUGAUCAAGGAGAGACCACACCAGGUCAGAGGGAAGCUGACCCCGUCUCUAGUGAAACAGGAAGGAGGAAAUCAUUCUUGGGAAGGCUUGGUUUUGGUAGGAAGGCAUCAUCCCAAAAUGUCAUCAGUCAGCAAGAGGAGUGUCUAAAGGAACUGGAGGAACUCAAAUUUGAAAUCCAGAAGUGUCAAUUCGAGAGGGAUGAACUUUAUCAAAUCCUGGAUCUUUAUAUCUAUGAUGAGUGGGACCACAGGCUGCAUGUCGAAUUGCCAGUCCUUCAAUCUGAACAUGAGAUGAGAAUGAUGGCUAUGCAAAUGAUGACCAACUCAAUAAGUGAUGCCAUGGAGAGGUACAAGGAGCUCAUACAAGUGAACAGUUCCUACCGCAUCAGGCACUCCCAGCUCCUGCGUGAACAAGCUCAAUUGAAGAACAAUAUACAGAUUUUGCUGAAUGAGAAGAGAGAACUGCUGGUGGAGCAGACUGAACUGCCAGCAUUCUCUGUGGAGACAAAAAGGCUCUGUGAAGAGGCCAGAAUGAACAUCUGUGACCCCAGUGCCACGCAACAGCAGGUCUGAAAUUCUCCAGCAGAAACUCGAACAUGACACAGACCAGGAUAAGAUCUCCCUUGGAGAGAAGAGCUACAGGAGGAGAACUAAGUGUGCACAGCAAAUACACCACUAUUGUGUCUCAUCUGUAGUGUCCAUAGCAAUUGUGGACUGCAUUUUCCUCCUUUAGUUUAACUUCUUUGGAUUGAAUAGGCCGUACUUUCACCUCAGCCUCUCCAACAAAUGUGCACUUUUUGAGGGACUCAGAGAAGUGCUGAUGCACAUCAAUCAAGAGCUGCUGGUCAUCCAGAAAGACUGUGCAUGUGUAAAUUUGUACUUGUCCUGAUGGGUCAUCCAGAAGAGUUUCGUGGAGAUCAAUUCACAAUAUUGGAAAGACUUUGUGACAAAGUCUGUAAUAUCAUUUAUACUCAGUAUUGGUAGGCUUUUUCCUUAAUACCCCCACUCCAACAAAACAGACCUACUUCCACUCCUCUCGAAAAGAUUGUUACCAUCACUAACUGCUUGUCUACUAUGUCUCCAAGGCAAGCCACAGGCUAUAAGUCUAUUCUGCAAAAGGAGCAGCAAAAGAAUGCUUAGCGCAAUUCUUCUAUUUAAAGUUUGGUUAAUUUUUAAUUGUUUUGGUUAUUUGGUUUUCCUUCUAUUCAUUUGAAGAUUUGUUAUUUAUCUGUUGUUGUUUUGUUCAUUUGCUUUUCUAUUUUGAUAAGGAUAUAGACUGUAUAUAUUUACUACCUGCAUCUGGUUACUAUCAAGUAAAUUGGAUGUAUUCUGGUCAAUAAAGGAGUAAUCUUAAACUCUUCACUCUUAGGAACCUUCUUUAUUGAUCAUUAGUGUCAACAUCUGAAGUCCCACAGCUAUCAGGGAGGGAUGGAUCUCUGAAUUCUCAUGGGGACUGGGCAUCAAAUCACUUCCCAGUCAGACUGAGAUUCACAGGCAUUUAUAUAGUCACUGUGCACUGUGUUUCCAACUCUGAAUUUCAACUUCAUCAUGCAUACAUUACCCACUGUGUAUGCUUGCUGUCAAAUAUAUAGUUACCUGUAAAUUAUACUCUGUCGAUGAGAGUUUUGACCAAAUUAAUAGGAUAAACAUUAAUUUUUCUGUAACACCUCCCAGGACAUAUAAACAUGGUAUAAGGGAGUUUAAAGCCAUCGGGAAUCCUGCACCCAAAUCCUGGGGCAGAAAAUGCUGAAUACCCAGGAAUGCAGAUAAUCCUGAGACCACAGGAAAGAAAGCCACUUCUGACCAGCUCUGCCCACAUCUCUGGCCCAAUAUUAAUCUGCAUGGUGCCUCUGGAAACAGGAAUAGAAGAGCAGUCAGUGGCAGGAACCUGCUUGGUCCAGCCUGGACCCAGAACCUACCUGGGCCCUGAGCAUAUUUGAAGAAAACCAUAGGCAUACAAUUCUCUGUUUCCUGACUGUGGCUUUUUUUGAUUCGAAGCUCAAAAUACCAUUUUGUUGUUGUUGAAUUUUAAUUAAGUAUUUUUCAUUUUGAAUUCAAAUGUUAUUCCUUCCUUGUUUUCCAGAAAUAAGUCUGAAUACCAUCGCCCUCCACCUCUGCUAUAAAAGUAUUCCCUUCACCAGCCAUCCACUUUCCCAGCCUAGGCAGGACCAAGGGCUGUUCAUUCCAUUUGUGCCCAAGAAGACCAUCCUCUGAUACACAUGCAGAUGAGUCCAUGGCACAGUCCCUGUAUAGUGAUUGGGUAGUGGUUUAGUCUCUGGGAACUCUGCUUGGCAGGCAUGGUUGUUCUUAUGGGGUUGCAAGUCCCUUCAGCUCUUUCAAUCUUUCUGUAAUUCCUCCAACUGAGGUCCAGUUCUCAGUUCAAUGGUUUGCUGCUAGCAAUCGCCACUGUAUUUGACAUGCUCCGGCUGUGCCUCUCAGGAGACAUCUAUAUCCAGUUCCUAUCAGCCUGCACUUCUUAGCUUCAUCCACCUUAUCUAGUUUGAAGGCUGUAUAUGUAUAGGCCACAUGUGGGGUAGACUCUUGAAUGGACAUUCCUCUAGGCUCUGUUUUAAACUUUGCAUCCCUAUCACGUCAAUAGGGAUUCUUCUUCUCCUUUAAAGGAAGGAGUGAAGAAUCAGCAUUUUGGUCAUCCUUCCUGAAUUUCAUUUGGUCUGUGAAUCUUGGAGAAUUUGAGCAUUUGGGCUAAUAUCCACUUAUCAGUGAGUGCAUACCAUGUGUGUGUUUCUGUCAUUGGGUUAACUCACUCAGGAUGAUAUGUUUUAGUUUGUUCUCUUUGCCUAUGAAUUUCAUGAAGUCAUUGUUUUUGAUAUCUCUGUAGUACUCCAUUGUGUAGAUGUACCACACUUUCUGUUUCCAUUCCUCUGUUGAAGGGCAUCUGGGAUCUUUUCAUUUUCUGACUAUUAUAAAUAAGGCUGCUAUGAACAUGGUGGAGCAUGUGCCCUGUUGUAUGUUGGAGCAUCUUUUGGGUAUAUGUGCAAGAGAGAUAUAGCUGGGUCCUCAGCUAGUGCAAUGUCUAAUUUUCUGAGGAACCUCCAGACUGAUAUCCAGAAUGGUUGUAGCAGUCUGCAAUCUCACCGACAAUGGAGGAGUGUUCCUAUUUCUCACAUCCCUGCAAGUAUCUUCUGUGGCAUGAGUGUUUUAUCUUAGGCAUUCAGACUGGUGUGAGGUGGAAUCUCAGGGUUGUUUUUAUUUACAUUUCCCUUAUAACUAAAGAUGUUGAACAUUUCUUUUGGUUCUUCUCAGCCACUCCAUAUUCCUCAGCUAUGAAUUCUUUGUUUAGCUCUGAACUGCAAUUUUUAAUAGGGUUAUUAGUCUCUCUGCAGUCCAACUUCAUGAGUUCUUGUAUAUUUUGGAUAUUAGCCCUAUAUCAGUUGUAGGAUUAGUAAAGGUCUAUUCCCAAUCUGUUGGCUGCUGUUUUGUCCUAACCACAGUGUCCUUUGCCUUACAGAAGCUUUGUAGCUUUAUGAGGUCCCAUUUGUCUAUUCUUGAUCUUAGAGCAUAAGCCAUUCGUGUUUUGUUCAGGAAAUUUUUUCCAGUGUCCAUGUGUUCAAGAUUCUUCCCAGCUUUUGCUUCUAUUAGUUUGAGUGAUCUGGUUUGAUGUAGAGGUCCUUGAUCCACCUGGACUUAAGCUUUACACAGGGCAAUAAGAAGGGGAUGAUUUGUACUCCUCCAUAUGUUGACCUCCAUUUGAACCAGCACCCUUUGCUAAAAAUGCUAUCCUUUUUCCACUGGAUGCUUUUGUCUCCUUUGUCAAAAAUCAAGGGACCAUAGGUGUGCUGGUUCAUUUCUGGGUCUGCAGUUCUAUUCCACUGGUCUAUCUUCCUGUCUCUGUACCAAUACCAUACAGUUUUAUCACUAAUGCUCUGUAAACUGGUUGAGUUCAGGGAUGGUGAUUCCCAGGGAUGUCCUUUUAUUGUUGAGGAUAGUUUUAGUUAUCCUGCGUUACUUGUUAUUCCAAAUGAAUUUUCAAAUUGUUCUGUCUAACCCUAUGAAGAAUUGGAAUCGAAUUUUGAUGGAGAUUGCAUUUCAACUGUAGGUCACUUUGGGAAAAUGGCCAUUUUUACUAUCUUCAUACUGCCAACCCACGAGCCUGGGAGAUCUUUCCAUUUUCUGAGAUCUUCUUCAAUUUCUUUCUUCAUAUCAUGAAGUUCUUGUCACAUAGAUCUUUCACUUGUUUGAUAAAAGUCACACUGAGGUAUUUUUAUAUGAUUUGGGACUGUUAUGAAAGGUGUCAUUUCCCUAAUUUCUUUCUCAGCCUGUUUAUCUUUUGUGUAGAGGAAGGCUACUGAUUUGUUUGAAUUAAUUCUAUACCCAACCACUUUGCUGAAGUUGUUUAUCAGGCUUAGGAGUUCUCUGUUGUAACUUUUGGGGUGUCCCAUGUAUACUACCCUAUCCUCUGCAACAGUGAUAUUUUGACUUCUUCCUUUCCAAUCUGUAUCCUUUUGACCUCCCUUUGUUGUCUGAGUUCUGGCUAAUGCUGGGGACAACAUACAAUGGAGACAUCUCAGUAGCCCGCAGUAGCUUUUUGUAAAAACUGGUUGUUUCCAUUUCUCCAAACCUUAGCCCUGGACAACGGCUGUAUAGAUUCAUUUGUGUGUGACUGCCUAUCAGUUGGCCUUGGUGUGCACAAUUAUUGUAUUAUAUCUGACUUUCCUACUUCUUUCUCCUUCUGCUCUGGUGAAUUCUGUGAAACUAGAUGUUCGUUGAUGUUAUGAUUCUUAGACAAUUGGAAAUUGAUGCAUAGGGGCACAGCACAGCACAGCCCUAGUGGCCCUGGUGGAUACUGUGUAUUCUCAUCUUGGAAAAAAAUGUAAUAACUGCAGAAUUGUAGUUCUAGAUUAGGGUUUUACUUGCAAAGACAGCUUGAAGAAAAUAAGAGAAAAUGAAUUAGAGCCGACAUUGGGACCCUAAGAAAGGAAAAAGUUAUUGAAGUUAGGAAGUAAUUUUUACAUAAUAUUAUAGACUGGUUAAGGAAGUAUAGAAUAUAUAAAAUAAUAUACUAGUAAACUAAGUCUAACUACUGGAACCCUUAUGAGAGUCAUUGUGUGCAAGGAACAGAACGCUAGUGGAAUUAGUGUGCUAAGGGUUACCUUGAUUCUUUCUGGCCACUGCCUGGCAGUUUUGCCUAUGUCAUUUAUCAUUAGAGUGUCACAGGAAAAUGCAAUUUGCUGACCUCAGAGCUUUGGACUCUGAAGUAUAAAAGUAAAGAAUUAAAGUUUAAA